CCCGUUUGCUUACGUCACCAAGCCGCCGAGAACCAGAGACAGACAGAGAAGAAAAACUGCAGCCGCCGAGCUCAGCCUCAGCCGCCGCGACGGGGACAGGGAAAGAUGGCCGACGGCAGUGCCUCCGCCUCGCCGCCUUCCGUUUCUCCGCACCAGUACCACCGCGACGCCAUCAAGUCCUCAGUGCGUAAUACAGCUGCUAAUAGGAGGAGGGAACAUGCCAUUGCAAUAGGGAAAGAAAGAAGGGAAGCCUUGAUGCGUGCAAAGCGUGUAUGCCGAGCUCCUCUUUCUGGCAGUGAUGAGGCUGCAGGAGAAGAGGGUGACAUGGUUGUUGAUGAGGAGAAAGCAGAUCUUGAGACUAGAACGACUCAGGCUGUUGAGGAGCUGAAAUCUGCUUUGUCAAGCCAGGGAAAAGGUGCACAGAAUAGGAAGACAGAAGUGCUUCGUGCUUUAAGGCGUUUGUUGUCCCAGUCUGAAGUACCUCCAGUUGAUGCAGCAAUUAAAGCUGGAGCAGUCCCUCUAUUAGUGCAGUCUCUGUCAUUUGGAUCGCCAGAUGAACAAUUGCUAGAGGCAGCUUGGUGCCUUACAAACAUAGCGGCAGGGAAACCUGAGGAAACUAAAUCCUUACUUCCUGCUCUACCAUUGCUCAUUGCUCACCUUGGUGAGAACAGCUCUACACUUGUCGCGGAACAAUGUGCAUGGGCCAUUGGUAAUGUUGCUGGUGAAGGAGCAGAGCUGAGAAACACAUUACUUGCUCAAGGUGCUUUGUGGCCUCUUGCCCGUUUAAUGCUGUCAAAUAAGGGUUCCACAACAAGGACUGCUGCUUGGGCAUUGUCAAAUCUCAUCAAGGGGCCUGAUUCCAAGGCUGCGAAUGAACUUAUUGGUAUCGACGGCAUACUGAAUGCAAUCAUUCGGAACUUGGAAAAGGCGGAUGAAGAACUUGUAACUGAGGUGGCAUGGGUGGUUGUCUAUCUUUCAGCACUUUCAGAAAAAGCUACCAGCCUAAUAGUAAGAAGUUCGAUGCCACAGUUGCUGAUCGGGCGCCUUCUAGCAUCUGAAAACUUGCAGUUGCUCAUUCCGGUACUUCGCGGUUUAGGAAAUCUUGUAGCCGGUGAUGGUUACAUGGUUGAUUCAGUCCUUAUUGUUGGAAACAGUGUAACAGAUCAAGCCUUAUCAAGUCUUAUCAAGUGUUUGAAGAGCGACCAUAGGGUUCUCAAGAAGGAGGCAUCAUGGGCCAUGUCAAAUAUAGCAGCGGGCAGUUUUGAGCAUAAGAAACUGAUAUUUGGUAGUGAGGCGACUCCUUUGCUGAUGCACCUCCUCAGGACUGCACAGUUUGACAUCCGCAGGGAAGCAGCAUACACGCUGGGCAACCUGUGUGUUGUCCCAGCAGGCAGUGGUAACCCCCCAACUAUAAUCGUUGAGCAUUUAGUUGCCAUCGUAGAUGGUGGAGCCCUUCCAGGAUUUAUAAAUUUGGUGAGGUCGGCCGAUAUAGAGAGUGCGAGACUUGGGCUUCAGUUCCUGGAACUGGUGAUGAGAGGAUACCCUGACAGCCAGGGCCCAAAGCUCGUGGAGACAGAGGACGGCAUUGAGGCCAUGGAGAGGUUCCAGUUCCAUGAGAACGAGAUGAUGAGGAAUAUGGCGAAUGGUUUGGUUGAUAAAUACUUUGGCGAAGACUAUGGCCUGUGAGUUGUGCCGCCGAUACAUCUGGGUAAACGUGGAGCUAUUUGUGGGUUUGAAAUGUAACGAUCCUGGAACAGAAGGAUGCGCCGUUCAUCAUGGUUUCCAUGUAAUUUAGCCCCUAAUAUAUAGCUGGAAAUGUGAAUGUGUUGAAACUGACCGUGAGCUGGAGAUGUUAAGUGUGGAUACCUUAGAUAGACAUAGACUGACAUCUUGCACAGUGCUUCCUCUAUCUCAAAAUAUUUUUUCGUCUCGUAUUUUAAGUGUGGAAAUGUUGGAGAUGCUCUUAGAGUACAAAUAUAUGACUGAUUAAUCUGAUGAUGUUUAUAAUGUACCAUAAAAA